CAGAGCUUUGAAUAGGGAAGUUUCGCAGGGGGUUGCACUCGCAGUCAGCGCCGUGUUUGCAAAUAUUGGGUCCGCUCCUGCGCAAGGGUCCGCCGCCGGCCGCAGGAGGGGAGAGCCGCCGCGGCCGCCUCGGGAGACGUCCGGCUUUGCUGUGCAAUUAAACUUUGCAUGAAACUUUGGGUCUUUUUUCCUCCCUAAGCUCCACAAGGAAUUAAUAUAUAUCUGUAUCUGUACAAUUUUUUUUUUCUCUUCUGGAGGAAGGGGGGGGGGGCUUGGAAACUGAGAGCAGAGGUUUGACACCCCCCCGCACACCCCCCUCAACCCCUGCACAUAAAGGAGGCAUCUGCAUUUUUGGUUACCAGCACUGACUUUGUUGUUGCAACUUGAGACAUGGAUGUUCUCCCAAUGUGCAGCAUCUUCCAGGAACUCCAGAUUGUGCACGACACGGGUUACUUCUCAGCCUUGCCGUCCCUGGAGGAAUAUUGGCAACAGACAUGUUUGGAGCUGGAGCGGUAUCUUCAAAGCGAGCCCUGUUACGUGUCUGCAUCUGAAAUCAAAUUUGAUAGCCAAGAGGAUCUCUGGACCAAAAUUAUUCUGGCACGGGAAAAAAAGGAGGAAUCUGAACUGAAGAACACGUGUGUCCCAAAAGAGGACAAUCUUACUAGUCAGAACUUAGAGACCAACAGUUCAAAUUCAGACGUCAGCAGCGAAUCUUCAGACAGCUCUGAGGAGCUCUCGCCCACGACAAAGUUUACCUCUGACCCUAUAAGCGAUGUUUUAGCCAGUUCAGGAAACUUGAGUUCGUCUGUCACUUCCACUCCCCCUUCAUCUCCUGAGCUGAGCAAAGAGCCUUCUUCCCAGCUAUGGAAUUGUACGCCGGGUGAGUUGCAUUCACCGGGGAAAAUUCGUACCGGUACCGCUGGAAAGACUGCAGAAAAAGGUACACCCACCAACGGUGACACCUCGCCAGAUGGCAGAAGACGUGUUCACAGGUGUCAUUUUAAUGGCUGCAGGAAAGUUUACACCAAAAGUUCACAUCUGAAAGCACAUCAGCGCACUCAUACAGGGGAAAAGCCUUACAGAUGUUCAUGGGAAGGGUGUGAGUGGCGUUUUGCAAGAAGUGAUGAAUUAACCAGACACUUCAGAAAGCACACUGGUUCCAAGCCUUUUAAAUGUAGUCACUGUGACAGGUGUUUUUCCAGGUCUGACCACCUGGCCCUUCACAUGAAGAGGCACCUCUGAAUGGGUCAAGAGGUGAAUCCUGCGGGCUAAGAGGCGUCAAGGUUGAAGAGCCUUGAGCAGAGGGAUGCGUGUUCCAGCCAAAGCAUGCCAUUUUGCACCCUACCCAGUUGCCUCCAGGACCUCACUUCCUUGCAGGUCUUUUGAGGGCUAAUAAGUCAUGUAAGAAACGGCAUAGCAACCACGGUGUGUGAUGUUUGGGGUUUCCUGGGCUCAUACACUGGUAUCUAACCUUCUGAGUGGCUCCUAAGCCUUUGCCGUGAGCAUGUGCACUGAGAAUGUUAAUGAUUGGGCGACUGUAUGCGAUGAGGAUCUCUUGAUGACUGUAUGCUGAGGCACAUUUUUUUUCUUGUGGUUGUUUUCUAACUGUAAGAGAAAAAAAAUAGUCUGAAUGUCUUGUAUGUGAGGAAUAUCUCGUGAGAUGGGACGACCACCAAUCAUUUCCAAGGGGUGGGGGGGAGGGGGUGUCUACACCUUUUUAGAGGGAAAACAGAGAGGGGAGAGGGGGAGGGGGGGAUAAAAAGAGUCAGGAUGCCAGAAUGGAAAUGGGGGGAACCUCCCCGUUCCUGUGUGAGAGGAGCUUUAGGUGUCUGGUGCAGCUAUUAAACGUGCAAUGUGUCAAGUAGCUUGUUUUACUUGCUACAGAGCUCAUUUGUAAUCCAUUGUAUAAGCUGUGUAUUUACAAAUGUAACACAACUAUAACUUUUCAUUAUAAUACAAAGGUUAUUGCAUGGUUCUGGGGAACUAUAUGCUUUUCCAUUCUUUAAUCAGGACUGCAGUUUUGAUUCCAGUUAAGAGCAGCUAAAAUACAAUUGGUCUAAUGUUACAUAAUGUAUGGAACAUGAAUAAUUUUUUCUGUUGGGUGGAUAAAACCACUAUUGGUUAGAAACUGAUUUUUCUCAUGCAGCUAAUUUUUCUCUUAUUUAUGCCUUGAGGACUAACUUCUGGUUUUCUAGCUGUUAAUGCACUGUUGACCUUAAUAAUGGUGCCUUAUGCAAGUGACCUUCUCUUGCAGGGGGUCUUAUACAGGGGUAUGGGUGAUGCAUGCUUUAUUAAGGCUCUCUUUUCACCUGGCAUUGUACUGUAUCAAAUGUAUAAUAUGAGGGAAACAAAAAAAGGUUACUUCCAGGGUCCUCCUUCACAAAGACAAAUAUAGAGAAAAGUCAUUCAUGUCAGUACAGUAUUUGUUUAACUUAGACUCUAAUUUAACUGUGUUACAGUAUAAUGCAUAUGCCAAUUGAAUACCUGACCAGUUCUGCCACCUUGAGACUUUUUUUAUAUUCACCUUGCACAACAACUGUGUAUAUACACACCCCAACUGUACUUAAUAUGUCAAGUUUUCAUACAUAUUAAAGAUACAGAAGUAUUAAAAAAGAGAUGUAUUUGCUUAAAAGGCACAAAUUUCACAUCUAUAUAUCUAGCUAUCUGUUGGUCAUACAGAAAGAAACUAUAUUACUUUUUUUUUUUCUUUCUUUUUAAAGAAGUGGGCAGAAAAAAAAUAAUUGUCUGUAUAUUUGUGUGUACAGUCUGUGUAUGUGUGUAUAUAUAUAGAUAAUAUAUAAAUAUUUUUUUUAAGAGGAAAAAGAAAAAAAUUAGAACACAUAGCUAGAGGAAAAAAAAAAACUGUCACAGCCCGUCAAAAUCUUCCCUCUUCCCCCUGCAGUGCGGUCAUUAAAGAGACAAAGAAAUGAAUGAUCAUAGUUAAAAAAUCUAGCUUUUUUCUUUUUUAGAGGCUUUACCUUUAGCUGUUAAUGGGAUGCUAAAGGCUUUGUUGGCAUUCAGUCCUCCUCAGACUGCUGACUGUGUUUUGUAGUGAUUAGGUUUGUCUGGAAUAGCGUAUCUGUGGCCAUUUAAGAAUGAUAUGAACCGAAUCUUGGCAUGCUAAAAGAAUAUUAGCUGUGUGCAGAUGAAAUGCACUCGGGUUUUGGCCUCCCAGCUUGCUGGAGGACCUGUGAGUUGAGCUAGUCGUUGUGGUGGUUGAGCUCUAAUUUUACAUAGUUCAGCUAAAGUAAAGACUGUUUUUUCCUAGAGUAGAAAUAGUCUGUCCAAAAGCAGUAAGUUCACUUGGUUUCUUUUGCCUUUUGGUUUUGUUUUUUCUUUUUAAACCAGCUCACUACAGUUGAUGCAAUGAAACUUGUGACCUGUUUCUUUUUUUUUUUUUUCCUAUUUAUUAUUGGUCUUGCUUCCUAUGCUAAUAUUUUGCUAUAAUUUCCCAGAAAUGUAUGUAGGUAAGUGGUUAAAAGGGAAAAAAAGGGCAAGUGAUCUGGUUCUAAGAAACACACAGGCUUAAGUAAUUUUCAUUUCACUUUUUUUUUUUUUUUUGUUUCAAUUGCCUGAAAAUGCACUUUUUAAAAAAAAAUAUUUUUUUUUCUUCCCCCAAAUAAAAUUUCCCAGAAAAAGGGAAAUUUCUAUUUAAAGUUGAGUUUUGUUGUGGUGGUUUUAUGGUUGUUGUUCUGUUUUUUGGGGUUUUUUUAGCUCCUUGUUUGCAUUGUCCUUGGCUUAGCCAUAAUUCUUAUAAACAAAGUAAAUGAAACAAAAAAAAAAAAAACCAAAAAAGAAAAAAAAAAAGGAAAGAAACAAGCAACAACAACAAAAAAAAUACAACCCCAAAAGGAAAAAAAAAUUAAACUUGCACUGGCUUGUCUCAAUUGUGAAAUACCAUCAGACUUGUGUGGAUGGGGUGGGGCUGUGUGCCAUAUGUCAAAAUGCCUGUAAUUUUCUUAAGUAAGUACAUUUUGUUCAGGUGAUAACUGAGCCUCAAUCAAGCUGAAAAAAAAAAAAAAAAAUAAAAAUAAUAAUAAAAAAAAGACUAUAAAAAAUAAAAAAAAACCGUUUUUGCUUGAAAUUUAAGAAGAAGAAAAAAAAAGUUUCUAUUAGUGAGAUUUUCUUUCUUUGUUUUUGAAGCACCCUGUUAUCUAAAGAAUCUCUUUGUAAGAUUUUUGUAAAGAUUUUGUUUUACAAGAUUUUAUUUGAAAUUGUUUUUUGCAAGAUUGUUAUAUUUCUGUAUGAAUGUAUUUUUUAUUGGAAUAACAUAAAAAAGAAAUUCUUAUCAGCA